AUGGAGAAGAAAGAGAAGCAUUUUGUGUUGGUUCAUGGAGCUUGUCAUGGAGCAUGGUGUUGUUACAAGGUGGUAACUCUGCUCAAGUCAUCAGGUCAUAAAGUUACAACUUUAGACCUGGCUGCGUGUGGCACACAUCCAAACCAAUAUCACCAGGUACCUUCAGCUGCUAAUUAUAUUGAGCCUUUGAUGGAAUUCAUGGCAUCUCUCCCACCAGAAGAGAGGGUCGUUCUGGUGGGACACAGCUUGGGUGGUCUUAGUAUAUCUGUUGCCAUGGAAAGGUUCCCUCAGAAAGUCUCCGUUGCAGUUUUUUGUACUGCUUUUAUGCCAAGCCCUGAUCUCAGUUUAACAACUUUGUUUGAAGAGUACACUGGAAGAGUAGAUUCCUAUGUGGACUCGGUAUACACGUUCGAUGCUGGGACAGACAAUCACCCUACCUCCAUACUUUGUGGGCCUAACUUCAUGGCAUCCAAGUUGUAUCAGCUCUCCCCACCUCAGGAUUUAACACUUGCAGUGUCAUUAGUGCGACCUCACCCCAUGUUAACUGCUGUAGAAUGGAAUAAAGUGGCAGCAGUGACCAAAGAGAAAUAUGGAUCAGUCGAUAGUGUUUACAUUGUGUGCGACCAAGACAAUAUUUUAAAACAAGAUUUGCAAAGAUGGAUGAUACAAAAGUAUCCAACCAAGUAG